AAUUAAAAAGGUAAAACUUCCUAAACGAAAAUUAGGCAAUGUUUUAAAGUCAGUAUUCCAUUUUAUAUAAAAAUGUAAUUCUAUAAAAUUGUUCAGUAUUUUGACUCACAAGGGGGGGAAAUUUAAAUUAUUUCAUGGAUUACUUUUAUUUUUCAACCUCUCGUUAGAAUGCGAUGUUCAAGUAUUUAAUUUGUUAUUAAAUACAAUUGUCUGUAAAAAUAUGACUACCUUAAGACUUGUUAAACGUCUCGCGGCUUCUUUAAAGGGUUGCGGACAGAAAAAGAUAUGGAUAGAUCCAAACGAAAUAGUUACUGUACAGGGGGCAAACUCUCGUGCAAGUAUUCGUCGUCUUUUAAAAGAUGGUCUUAUUAUUCAAAAACCUGUUUCGAUUCAUUCUCAUUAUCGUGCCAACAAGAAAAACAAAGCGAAACUGAAGGGCCGUUAUAGAGGGCUUGGAAAGCGUAAGGGUACAGCGGAGGCACGCAAUCCUAAAAAGAUACUUUGGAUGACCAGAAUGAAAGUUUUGCGACGUCUUCUGAAAAAGUAUCGUGACAGAAAAAAAAUUGAUCGUCAUUUCUACAGCCGACUUUACAAUAAGGUGAAAGGAAAUACUUUUAAGAAUCGGCGUGUUUUAAUGGAAUACAUUUUUAAAAAGAAAGCUGACUUUGCAAGAGAAAAGAUGCUUUACGAUCAAUCAGAAGCACACAGGCGAAGAUUUCGUGAAGCAAAGAAACGAAGACAAGAAAGAAUCAUCUCGAAAAAGGCCGAAGUAAAACGCGAAAAAGAAUAAACAACAUUGUGUAAGUUUAAUGAUAUUUAUAAGUUAAUUAAUAAAAACAACUUAAUUAAA